UACAACUUUGUCUUGAUGGAUACGAAGAGAUUUCAAAAAAGUGUAAAAAGGAUAUUUUGUACGAAAAUUAUAUGGGAUUGGGAGUCAAUAUUGCAAGUGAAUGUCUCGUAAUCCACGGACUUAUACGAGAAAACAGGAUUAAAUAUUAUCUUCCAAUCGCUAAAGCAAAAGUACCCCUUAGCAUGAAGUCAGUUAAUGAAAUUGAAGAAUUUGUUCAUGCUUUAUUAACUUUACGGAGUUAUUGUGAACUUGCAUUGUCUUGUCAACAGUUUUCAGACAAGAUCCAGAAAG